UUACUAAUCGGUUAUUAUAUUUUCAUCGAAUUUGUUUCAUGAAAUAUAAAAAAUCGUCAAUUUUAAUAAAUAUUCGACAUUGGUGCCACCAUUGGUAUGCCCACAUAUACAUAUGAGCUGUAACGGAAUGUGUUGCAGAGAAAAAUAUACUCUUACAGAUUUAAUAAACAACCGUAGGCAUUGUUCGAUUGUAAUAGACAUAUCAAGUACCUGGUUUAGAGAGUUUAAAGGAUAUUUUAGGACAGUUUCAUGGUGACGGCAUGUGUGUUGAUCCGUUAAAGAAAAUAUGCCAUUGGGGUCCGAUUACUGCUCUUGGAAUUAUAAAAAUAAUUACCCUAAUGACAAUAUACUGUAGUAGACAACGGUGGCCGCCACAAGAAAGUUUUUUUGGAACAGUUAAUUUCAUUCUUUUCUUUUGUCUUAGUGGAUCUACACUUUUUCAUUUUAUAAGUGCUAUUUAUGAAGGGCCUGGAUUCCUUCCCUUGAAAUGGAUGCCAGAAAAAGCAACAGACACUCAAUAUUUGCAAUAUUGUGCUGUAUGCGAAGGAUAUAAAGCACCUAGGUCUCAUCAUUGUAGAAAGUGUGGACGUUGUGUACUAAAAAUGGAUCACCAUUGUCCAUGGAUAAACAAUUGUGUAGGACAUUUUAAUCAUGGGCAUUUUACAGUAUUUUUGGCAAGUGCAGUUGGUGGAUGUUGUGUUUCUACUUUUACACUAGUUUCUUGGGUGAUGACAGUAUUAUUUUUAAAACCAUUGUCAUUUCCACCACCUUCUGUGUUUAUUCUGAUACUAGUUAUUUUCAGUAUUGGUCUGUCAAUUGGUGUUAUUCUUGCAGUUGGAACAUUACUUUAUUUUCAACUACUAGCUAUAAUUAAAAAUAGAACAGAAAUAGAAGCUUGGAUUUCAGAAAAAGCACAUUAUCGAAGGUUUGGAACUAAAGAUAAAUUUGUUUAUCCAUAUUCAAAAGGAUGGCGUUUUAAUUUACGACAAGUCCUUACAUGGGAUUGUACUCCAGUAGGUGAUGGUAUAAAUUGGCCUGUAAUUGAAGGCUGUGACCAAUAUACAUUAACACGAGAGCAAUUAGCACAAAAAAGAGAUAAACGAAAAAGAGCAAAAACCUACAGAGUGAUAGAAGAAGCGUCCGGAUCAUGGUUACCCCUAAAACAUGGUUGGGGUGUAUUUUGUCAUCCACCAUGUACUGAUGAAUCUCGCAUUAAACUCAAAGUCGGAGAUAUUGUGGUCGUAACUCGGUGGAAGAAAUAUUGGCUAUUUGGAGAAACGAAAAGAAACAACGAAAAUGACAAGCAAAUUCGGAAUCGAGGUUGGUUUCCACGACCUUGUGCAAUUGAAGUGAUUGAAAACGAAGAAUAUUCUUCCGCCUUAACCAAAUCAGAUUGAAACAUUCCUUUUUGUGUAGAAUUUUUAUAAAGUAUUUAUAAAUUUACUAUUGUGGUAAACGAUCAUAUUUUUAACUAAAAUUUUAUAUGUAAAUGUUUACAAUGAACAUGCGUUUUUAUAUAUGUAUUUCGAUAGUAUGAAAAAUAGUCAUGAAGAGUCAAGCCUGAUUCAGGCCUGUACCCAUAUUGUGUCCAUUCCUUUCACGUAGAUUGUGGUCUGUAUAUGAUAUAAAAAACAGUGGUUAUCGUUAAUAAGUACGACUUUUCAAGAUAUGAUCGUAUAUUAAAAAUAAUUAUUUUUUAUAUAUUCUAAUAAGUGAAUGUAUAUGAUGUCCACUGAGUUUGUACAUGACAAGUGAUAUACGUAUACAGAGUAGAAAUGUAAUCUUUAAAUAAAAGUCAUGUCAUGUAUUAAAAAAUAGAAAAAUUAAUCUUAGAAAACUUAUUUUCUGAUUUUUAAAUUUAAAUGAUUUAUAAGGUUGAUGUAUUAGCCUGACUGACAAGUUCAAAAAUAGAUCCUGAAA